ACCAUGUUUAAUCGGAGCUCAAGAUACCCGGCUUGAUUUCAGAACUAUCUCCGCGGCGAGGAAAGAUCUUCCACUCACUGAGUUCACUCACAAAAAACCCGCACACGAGUGACAUACUUAAUCCAUCUUGCUCACUCAUAAGUCGCACAGACAGGCAUAAAGCCGGCGCCAAUUCAAUCGAGAUAAGUCUCUUAAUCAACCAAUUCUUGUGGCUCUCGUCUCAUCUCUCUCUCUCUUUUCCCAGAUACAUAAUAAUAACCAGUCAAGACAAAAACAAAACAGAGAAGAGAAGAGUGAGCCAGCGCGUGAGAGAGAUUCUUCUUCACAAAUAAACCCUAACAAUGACCAUCAUUCUCCAAGCUGCUCUUCUUUGUAAGCCUUCUUCACUUUCUCUCUAUACUUCUCCUCUUUCUUCUUCUUGUUCUAAACGACACCGUUUUCACCACCCUCUUUCUCCUCCUGCACGCCACCGUUUUCACCACUGCUCUUCCUCCUUUAAUUAUUUGUGUUUUCGCCCCCUUCAUCUUUCAAUUCCUUGCACAUUGCAUCCUGACAACGUCGAUUCCCGGGAUUCUAAAUUCGUUAACAAUUCUAGUUCCGAUUUUCGCGGAGGCAAUGAUGAUGGUAAUGGUUUGAAAUUUUCUUCCGAGGUGUCGAAUUCCAGCUUUGAAGAGACUGCCGUCGGUGGGAGUUUUGAAAGUGAGUUGAAGGUGGAGGAGGAGAUGAAUGGCGACGAUAGUGAGGGAGUGGGCGCGAGUGCGGUGGAAAAUGAGGGGGCAAAGACUAAAAUUCUUUUGCUGGUGUUUUUGAUGGACUUGUGGACGAAGAUGAAAAAAGGAAUUGAGAAAAUGAUGGCCUGGGAUUUGUUAAGUUGGUGGCCGUUUUGGCGGCAAGAGAAACGGCUUGAACAGCUGAUUGCUGAGGCUAAUGCUAAUCCGAAAGAUGUUGCCUUGCAGAAUGCUCUCUUAGCUGAACUCAACAAGCACAGUCCUGAGGCUGUGAUCAAACGGUUUGAGCAAAGGGAGCAUGAUGUGGAUAGCAGAGGUGUGGCAGAAUAUCUUCGGGCACUUGUUGCUACUAAUGCUAUUGCUGAGUAUCUUCCAGAUGAACAAUCUGGCAAGCCUUCUGCUCUUCCUUCAUUGUUGCAAGAAUUGAAGCAACGUGCAUCAGGGAACACAAAUGAGCCCUUUUUGAACCCUGGCAUAUCUGAGAAACAGCCAUUGCAUGUGGUGAUGGUUGACCCAAAAGUGUCAAACAAAUCUCGAUUUGCACAAGAGCUUAUCUCAACUAUCUUAUUCACCGUGGCUGUUGGAUUAGUAUGGUUAAUGGGUGCUGCUGCACUUCAAAAGUACAUAGGAAGCCUGGGUGGGAUAGGAACCUCAGGUGUUGGCUCAAGUUCUUCUUAUUCUCCGAAGGACUUGAAUAAAGAAUUUAUGCCAGAGAAGAAUGUUAAAACCUUCAAGGAUGUCAAAGGUUGUGAUGAUGCUAAACAAGAGCUUGUGGAAGUAGUAGAGUAUCUGAAAAACCCAUCAAAGUUUACUCGACUUGGUGGGAAGUUGCCUAAGGGAAUUCUUUUGACUGGAGCGCCAGGAACUGGAAAAACUCUGCUUGCCAAGGCUAUUGCUGGUGAAGCUGGGGUACCAUUUUUCUAUAGAGCAGGAUCUGAAUUUGAGGAAAUGUUUGUUGGUGUUGGUGCCCGACGUGUGAGGUCCUUAUUUCAAGCAGCUAAAAAGAAGGCACCUUGCAUCAUCUUUAUUGAUGAAAUAGAUGCUGUUGGAUCCACAAGAAAACAAUGGGAAGGCCACACCAAGAAAACAUUGCAUCAACUACUUGUUGAAAUGGAUGGUUUUGAACAGAAUGAAGGAAUAAUCUUGAUGGCCGCAACAAAUUUGCCUGACAUUCUUGAUCCUGCUUUGACAAGGCCUGGUAGAUUUGACAGGCAUAUUGUUGUUCCAAAUCCUGAUGUGCGAGGUCGACAAGAAAUUCUGGAGCUCUAUCUUCAGGAUAAACCUUUGGCAGAGGAUGUAGAUAUUAAAUCAAUUGCCAGAGGUACACCAGGAUUCAAUGGAGCAGAUCUUGCAAACUUGGUAAACAUUGCUGCCAUUAAGGCUGCUGUUGAAGGUUUGGAGAAGAUAACAGCCACUGAGUUGGAGUAUGCUAAAGACAGGAUACUUAUGGGUACUGAGCGUAAAACUAUGUUCAUAUCAGAAGAAUCAAAAAAGCUCACUGCAUAUCAUGAGAGUGGUCAUGCAAUUGUUGCUUUUAACACUGAGGGUGCACAUCCAAUUCACAAGGCAACAAUCAUGCCACGUGGAUCUGCAUUAGGAAUGGUGACCCAGCUCCCUUCAAGUGAUGAGACAUCAGUUAGCAAGAAGCAGCUAUUAGCUCGUCUUGAUGUUUGUAUGGGGGGAAGGGCUGCAGAGGAACUCAUCUUUGGUCAGGAUCAUGUCACAACUGGAGCAAGUAGUGAUCUUCACACAGCUACAGAGCUUGCCCAAUACAUGGUAUCAAACUGUGGGAUGAGUGAUGCAAUUGGACCUGUUAACAUUAAAGAACGGCCAAGUUCAGAAAUGCAAUCACGUAUUGAUGCUGAAGUGGUGAAACUCCUAAGGGAAGCAUAUGAUCGUGUAAAGGCCCUAUUAAAGAAGCAUGAGAAGGCAUUACAUGCACUAGCAAACGCACUCUUAGAGUACGAGACACUGAGUUCAGAGGAAAUAAAGCGCAUUCUUCUUCCUUUCCGAGAAGGACGGCUCCCUGAGCAACAAGUCGAACAACAAGAAGAGGGAGAGCUUGUAUUGGCAUGAGAGGAUGAUCUUUACAUUGUUCAGGUUUUGAGGAGCUCUGUACAGUAUAUCAAAAACUCCACAGGUGAUUUUUUAUACAAAUUGAUGCAAUUUUCUACCUAUAUUGUUUUCAUUGUAAAGAUGUGCCAUAGGAAUUCUAUUUACAGGCGGCUCGUCUUGGAAGCAACCAACUCCCCUGCUCUAACAACGAACCAAAAAGCGUAGAAAAUCAUGUAUCAUUUGGGUUUAAACUUCACCCCAUUAUGGGUCAAAUUUUGAAUUAUAGCAAUAAUUUAAAAUUUUUAGAAACUCUAAUAUUUUCGUCCUUCAUGUUCCUUCCAUGCUCGCUAUGAUGCCUGUUUUGGCUUAUCAUAUCAUGGUUUCUGCAAAUCUAAAGAUUUCGUACUGAAAUGACAGCUGAUUGUCGUUCAAUAGAGGAAUCUUGAGGCCAUCGCUAUUAUUUGGAAGAUCUUUCUGUGGACAGAAAUAAAGAAACAAGAAUUAGACCGUUUGAAAGCUGA